AUGGCUACGAACCCAUGCCAAUUCAUCAUCACACUACUCCUGAUGAUCUGUUUCUCGGCACCAUUUAUGGCGAUCGUCAAUUGUUCCGAUUCCGAUUCCGAUUCCAGUCCCAGUACCGGUGUAGGAGUCAACUGGGGAACCAUGACCAGCCACCAGUUGCCGGCGGAGCAGGUGGUGGAGAUGAUGAGAGAGAAUGGAUUCAAGAAGGUGAAGCUCUUUGAAGCAGAAAAAAGGAUCAUGGAAGCCCUAAUUGGAUCAGAGAUUGAGGUGAUGGUGGCGAUCCCCAAUUUCAUGUUGUUGGAUAUGAGUCAAGAUCCAAGUUAUGCUGAUUAUUGGGUUGAUUCUAAUAUUACUACUUAUGCUUAUCCUGGUGGUGUUGAUAUCAAGUAUGUUGCAGUUGGAAACGAGCCGUUCCUCAAAGCGUACAACGCUACGUACCUCCAAAUCACAUUACCGGCUUUGAAGAAUGUCCAAAAUGCCCUUAAUCGCGCGGGUCUCGGGUCGCAGAUCAAAGCCACGGUCCCGUUGAAUGCCGAUAUCUACGAGUCUCCGGAAUCGAACCCCGUCCCGUCGGCCGGUGACUUCCGCUCCGAAAUCAAAGAUGCCACGAUCGAAAUCAUUCAGUUUCUUUAUUCCAACGACGCCCCUUUCACGGUUAAUAUUUACCCGUUUCUUAGCCUCUACGGUAACGAAUAUUUCCCGAUGGAUUUCGCGUUCUUUGACGGAUCGAAUAAGCCCGUUAAAGACAAAAAUUAUCUCUAUACCAACGUUUUCGACGCAAAUUACGACACAUUGGUUGCUUCUUUAACGAAAGCCGGAUAUCCCGAAAUGAAAAUUGUCGUGGGCGAAAUCGGGUGGCCGACGGAUGGGGACAUAAACGCGAACGUAAAAAAUGCGAAAAGAUUCAACCAGGGUGUGAUCAAACACGUUUUGAGCUCGAAAGGUACCCCGGUCCGAAAAGGGCCGUUGGAAAUUUACCUUUUUAGCCUUCUAGACGAAAACAAGAAAAGUAUAGCUCCGGGUUCGUUCGAGACACAUUGGGGGAUUUUCGAAUACGAUGGUAAACCGAAAUACGAAUUGGACCUAUCGGGGUCUAAGAGAAACAAAGGGUUAUCACCGGUGGUUGGGGUGCGGUACAUGAGCCGGAGGUGGUGCGUGUUGAACCCACGCGUCAAACAAUUGGACGGAUUGGCUAAGGAGAUCGAUUACGCAUGUAGCUUAUCGGAUUGUACGUCUUUAGGUUACGGAUCGUCGUGUAACCGGUUGAGUUUAUCCGGAAACGCUUCGUAUGCUUUUAACAUGUACUAUCAACUUCAAGAUCAAAACGAUUGGGAUUGCGAGUUUUCCGGGUUGGCGAUGGUGACCGGAGAGGAUCCAUCGGUGGGGGAAUGCCGGUUUCCGGUGAUGAUUGCUUAUGGAACGUCGGUGGUGGUUCACCGGAAAGUUUUGAAGGUGUUGUUGGGCGUUGUUGAAGGUUGCAUUGUGUUCUUGCUUCUGGUCUCAUAG